GAUAACAUUGCAGAAGAGGAAGAGAGUCUUUGUUCUGUCUGCUGGACAUUAGAAUCAAACAUAGUUACCAUUGAGUGUGGACAUGGUGCUUGCUUGUCUUGUCUCCAGAAAAAAUCUUCUCUACCUUUCUGUUGCAAAAGAUGCUGGGAAUUCUCCCAGCUGAAAAGUGUUCAGGCUGACAUUGCUAUGAACCCCGAAGGAGAAGGCACAUGUGAGCUGCAUCGAGAAGACCAGAAGUUGUAUUGUGAAAAUGAGAAGACACUGCUCUGUGUGACCUGCUCUAAAUCAGAGGAUCAUGAGAAUCACAUGCAUUGGCCCAUUGCAGUGGCUGCUGUGGGCUACAGGAAGAUGCUCCAGAUAGAAAUGAAAAUGUUGGACUAUAGCGCAAACAAAAUUCAGGAAUUCCAGUGUCAAGAGAAGGGGAAAUCUCUGGCAUGGGCUGUGAUGUGGACUGAUGAUACAGAUGUCACCAGAAAAAUUUUUGAGCAAAAAAUGCAAGUUAUAUGGGAAUACCUAAAGAAGGAGAAAAUGGAGGAGGAAAAAAUGGAAACAGCGAAAAUAGAGGACCUCGUAAUGGGGAUAGAAAGUGAAAGGUUAAUUAAGUUAUUUCAGAAGCUUCAACAAAUGGAAGUUAUUCAGGAGCAUGACAUAAUGGAGAAACAGAAGGAAUGGGAAGAAAUAACGUCCAGAUAUGUCAGAUUUCUAAGAGACAAAAUCACAAUAUUGAAGGAAAAGACUCAGAAAACGAAUGUGGAACUACUAAAAAUAAUACCUGAAUGGUUCUCAGAACAUCACGUAACUAUGUGGAGAUAUGAUGAAAACUUCAUACUUGACCACGCUUUUUCUAACACUUCUCUGGGACUGCCUGAGUUUCUCCUCAAUUUUCAGGAAGUUGAUUUGAGAAACACAUUUGCAAGGAAUUACAUAGAACCAAGUUUGGCUCCUUUCACUCUUGAUUUGAAUAUUUAUUAUCUCAAGGUGGCAACUGAAUUUCUAAAACUCUUUCACUUUCAUACAUCUGAACUAUUGGAGACUUGUGAUACCCUCAGCUUUUUUGAAGAUAAAAAGGGGACUAUCACAAUUCUACCCGACUCCUCAGGAAAGACUUACGCUGUUUAUACUAAUGGUAAUCUUCAAGCUAAUUCCAUUAGAUUUAAAGCAUUCUUAAUGAAAACAUCUCAGGAGUAUGUGUAUACAAGAAAUGUUUCUUCCUGGACUACCACUUUUGAAAAAUAAAUCAUUCAAUCCUCUUUGCCUCAGGUAGAAAUGCUGUAUCUGCAAAUGGCCAAUAAACAGAGGUUGGAGUAUUUCUGAAUGGUUCUAAAGAUAUUUUAUUUUAUAAUUCUUGCAUUUUGUCAAGUACUCAUUGUUUAUUCCAUUCUUAUCUGGUCUGUCAUAGAACAAAAAAUCUUUCAUAUAUACAACCCUUUUCUUCCGCCUCAAAAUUCUGCGUAUAAAUAUUACAUCUGCAAAUGUGAAAAAAAGAUAGCAUUUUAAUUUUGAAAUAAUUAGUUCAAUAUAUUUAGUAUAUAAUUGAAUCUACUUACAUUAAUUUGUGAAGGGGUCUUCAGGUAUCACCAGAUAGUCACUUUAUAACUUGAAACAAGAAAAUUAAUGGCUUCUCUAAAACCUUAAAAGCCUGGAAAGUAUUUGGAAGUUGGUGGAACUUAAUAAUUAGAUUUGAGAAUUUAUGGGAACUGAUUCAAUAUCAAUGUUACAUUUGUCCACAUUACUUGCUUCACUAAAUGAGAUAAUUGUAUUUGAUAUAAAAAGGUGCUCUUAGUCUAAUCUGAGAACCAUUCCUGAUUUUCUACAAAGGUUAACUUUCCAAACCCUUCCCAUUAGAAACUGAAAGUUCUUUUUAAAGUAAGAAUGACAUGAAAUACAUUUGAGGUGGCAAAACUCUUUAAUUUGUAAAUGGAGAUAUUUCCACAUUGCCUACUUCUGAAGGUUGUUCUGAGGACCCAUUGGUAGAUAGCUUAAAAUUUGUACUUGAGAUCGUAAGGUGCCAGAGAAAUGAGAAAAAAAGUUAUUCUACUUUUA